UCUGCCCCUCCCAUGGCUCAGCCCGCCGGGCCAGAACUCCCAGAAGCCGCUUCCUCUGGAGUUCGGUCCAUCAGGGAUUGCAGCUUUUCCUUAUUGGUUCUUUCGGGAAAGGACCGGAAUCGUCAUCGCUCCGUGCCAAACUCCGCCUCCAGAUUCUCCAAACAACCGGAACACCCUCCUCUUCUCCAGGGCUGCUUUGUCUGACACUGCAACCAAUUUCUGCCACGCCCUUGGCCGGAGCUUCUCUGUCCCGGUGCCUUCGGGCAGGGGCGGCCCCCGGAGCUCGGAGCGGCUCCAGCCCAGGCGGACUCCGAGGCGCAGCUGUCCUGUCCCCGCAUGCGGCAGCUCCCAGGCGGUGUCAGCGCCUGUCCCGGCACGGAGCUGGGCUGCAGCGGCUGCAGAGCCCGAGGGGCCGGGGCUGCGGGCACCGGAGAGCUCCCGCAGGCUGCGCUUGUGUCCGCAGGUGCUGCCGCAGCGUCCGGGCAGCGGGGACAGCGCGGGACUGAGCUGGCAGCGCCUUCCUGAGCCUCGGUGUCCCGCAGGGCCGGGACCAGCCGGGACCUGUCAUCAUGUCCCUUCCAAUGGGCCAUCUCCAUGGGCGUAAAGCUCUUUCCAUGGCCGAUCUCCGAAAGGGUUUUCCUCCACUUCUGGUUUGUCGGGAGCAUGGCGUUGAUUGUUCCAAGCACAGAGAUUCUGGCUGUGAGCUGGAGAAGAGUGAAUUCUGCUCCAUUCAUCGGCGUCUGAAGGAGCUCCUGCAUAUCCUGGAAGGACGAGCAGCCGGGCUGACACACUUGCCAGGGGCACAAGAAGCCACUUGUGAGCGUGCAGUGAGUGAAGGUGUGGAGAAUGGAAUCUGCACCUGUUAUGGAAGGCUGAGGGAGCCCCUGUGUCCCUGGUGUACAUCAGCAAGCGGCCAUGGACACAGAAGCAUCCUCAGAAGAUUGCCGGGCAAGGGGUUCAGCUGCCAUCCCGUGCUCACCUUGGUGCUGAUCCUGCUCCUGUCGCUGCUGCUGGCGUUGGCGGUGGCCUUGGCUGUGCAGUCAGCACCACAGGUUCCAGCUCCACCUGCGACUCCGCUCUUGGUUCUGGGCUGUCCCCAUGGCUGGGUUGGAUACAAUGGAGUCUGCUACUACUUCUCAAGGGAUCAGGGCACCUGGGAGCAGGGUCAGGAGCGGUGCUCCGAGCUCGGGGCCUCCCUGGCCAUUCUGAAGGAUGAGGAAAUGGAUUUGUUCUUCCGCCUCCGCGGGAACGUCGAUUACUGGGUCGGGCUGCGCAGACGGGGCGAGCACCUGCAGUGGGGGGACGGCAGCAGCUUCAGCUCCUCGGUUCCUGUCCUUGGCAAUGCCGAGUGUGUGUCCCUGGCUGACCAUAAAUUCAGGAGUGUGCCCUGCUCGAAUCCGCAGCCGUAUCUGUGCAGCAAGGCCCGAGCUCCCCUGUAACAGGGGCUGGAGAAAGGAGCUUCUCCACACUGGGCAGUCCCAGCUUCACCUGUGAGCCCAGCACAGGGCUGUCCUUUCUCAGCUGCACCCUGUGCCUUGCACUUGCUCUCAGGGUCACCUCAGUGCCUGUUCAUCCCCAGUGCCAGUGCUGGGCUGGCUAUUCAAAGGAAAAGUCUCUGCAAUCCAUCCUGCCAGCCAUGCUAGCUGGUGUGAGGGGAUUGCCCUCAUUGCACAUCAAGCUGGAAUGGGAAAUCCAAAUGGCCCUGGGCUCUUGGAAAUCAUCACCAAGAGGCUCAAGGUGAGACUUUUGGACUGUCCUUUGAAGAGGAAGAGGAAGAUGAACGGCUGACGCAUGCUGAGGAGGAAUGCCACUUUUGGCAUCAGGCACCUGUCUGUGUCUCUUUGUCCCUCUGUUACAAAGUAUCUGAUUGUUCUGCUGUGGGAAGAAAGCCAGGCUGGGGCAGGACAAGGAUUUGUCCCCCUGAGGGAGAAGCAGUGAUGUGAUGCCAGUGUACCCCCCAUCCCUGCGUGCCACGGUUUGGGAGGGAUAGAAUCAGGCAUAAAGUGAAGCCGUGGAAGGUGAGAACAACGUGAGGAAUAUGCACUUGUAGGAUCUGGCAAACUUCUCAUUCUCUUGCUGUGAUUUUCUUGAUAAUAAAUUAAAUUUAUUUCCCCUAUCCAGCCUGUUAUGCACGUGAU